AAACGCCGAGCAGUCUCACUCGACCUUUUGCGCGAGAUAAGCGUACGUCGCGAAAGUGGAUUAAAACGAUCGUGAAUUGCAUUCGCGCCUGCACACGUGCACAGGCAAAAUGGGAUGACUGUGUACUUGUUUCGAGGACCGAUGGUUGCAUCAAGCCUCGCGAUGGCGACGUUUUUCAAGAGGAUUCACGGCGGUAAAGCCGGUUGGCUGCCGGGCCGUGAGAUGGCGACGCACUGACCGGCGCCGGGCGUCGUACCGGCGGCAGUCUCGGGGACGACGCCGUCGCCGCCACGUGGGGAGCGAAUUUGAAUCAGCCGCCACCGGUUCCGGCCUGUUGUUCCAUCAUUCCGCGCGAUCGUUCGCACCGGUACUCACCCGCGGCUCCUCUCGCGCUUAUCGCGCCGAAUUUCAUGAUCCGCCGUGCGACUACUCCGAGAGUAGCCGCCGGCAGGUGAGAACACCGCUGACGAGAUCGAGGAAGAUACGGGAAAAGGAGACAUUUGACGUUUAAGAAGAAAGGAGAUAAAGGAGAGAAAAGGAGCGGACUACUGACACCAGUUUGAAACGAUCCCGGGAAGCGGAGAUAGGAACGGUUGAUGUCAUCUCAGUGAUUCGGAAAGCGAAGCCUAUCUCGGAUUAUCCAACACCGGCGACAAGUGCCAGCGAUAAUCGCCGAGCCCGAGAGCAGGAGUUCAUCACUCGCGAAGUCGCAGGUCAUUGUGCUCCAUCGUCAAGUAUCGACACACGCACACACGUACCAAGAGAGAAAGAGAGAGAGAGAGAGAAGGAAGAAAGGAAGUGAUAGUCACGGGAGAAAUCGGCGGCGAAGGCGAGGAGAGGAACAACAACCAGUCAUCCGUGACGAUCGACCGGCGACUUGUCAACGCCGCGCGUCAUCGCCACGUGACACACGCGCGCGCGGGGCUGUCAUCGAUUUCCGAGUAGAAGCGGCUCUUCCUCCUCCACGUGACGACAUCGGCGAGAGACGGAAUCAUCAUCGUCCGGGUACGUAAUCGUGCCCAGCGCGGGUGAGUCGUGAGCGCCGGCGAUCACGGCGCGAGAUCGACACGCUCGUGGGAACCGCGAGCGUCAGCCAGAGCUCCCGCCUUCGAUGAAAUCAGCGACGUAACGCCGGCGCGUCGUCACGCCGAUACGUGCUCCGAGCGGUGACUAGCACUCGCGACGUGCACGGUGCACCACGAGGACGACGAGGACGGCGUUGAAGAGAGCGGCGGCAAGCAGAGGAGACGAGCGGCAGCCGGCCAGCCAGGCGGGCGGCAGGAGAGGGAGAAAAAUCAAGAAGGAAGUAGCAAGUGUCACGAAGGGACCCUUGUCAGUGAGUGGUGGACCGUGGUGCGGAUCGUGGGGGCAUCGUGCGCGUAUAAGGAUCUCGGCUCGAAAAAGACUGGAGAAAGGGAAAGAGAGUUAGAGAGAAAGAGAGAGAGAGAGAGAGACAGAGGGGGGGCGUAUAGGAACGACAGGGGGGUGGCCGGCAGGCACGCGCAGCGAGCGUCUCGCGCUCGAUACGGGCACGCGCGCGAAUUCGACACGAUCGCCGGCACUUCCGAUCGCGCCGGCCGGCUUGGUACGGAAGAGGGCUGUGACCUUGCGACCCGACCUUGGAAAUUGGCGCCACCGUCGAUCGCAUCAUUUCGACCCCGGGUCGAGAACCGCGGCUCGCGUUUCGCCGGCAAUUCGCGAUUAGCUUUUUUAAGUUUUACCGAGUUUCGCGCGAGUGCGAAGAGAGAAGAGGAGAAGUAACGCUUGUGAUUGGUCUUCCGCGAUCGCUGAGGGAUCGGUGAGGCUUCCUUCCCGUUUUCUUCGACGUAUUCUUAGACGAGGAGGAGGCCGUUAACCAGCGAGGUGCAUAAACUACGACCCGUAACGCCGAUGGAAUGAUUCAAUAUGUCGCUUAGGUCGUUACUGGUGAUCCUCGCCUUUGCGCUAUGCGCGACGUGCAACCGCGCUGACUUCUUCGGCGGGAAGGAAGUGGCGUACGAUUUGAUGGUCGCGUCGGUGUCAUCGAUGAUGGACGACAAUAACCUUUACAUGGACGAUGGCGUGGACGGAUUUCCCGCAUUUGGCUUUCGACCCGGCUCCGAAGUGAAGCAACCCUACAGACUGUAUCUUCCGGAGAAGUUGCCAGCCGAGUUCACCCUGGUAGCCACGUUCAAGCCGACCUCCUUUAGGACGAGCUACCUCUUCGCCGUUCUCAAUCCCUUCGAAACCGUUGUCCAAUUGGGCAUUAGAAUUUCGGAUGGGCCCGGCUCGAACCAGAAUAUCUCCCUGGUCUAUACGAAUUCGGACGAGCAUUCGCAUUCGGAGGAGGUGGCGAAGUUCACCGUGCCGAAGCUUACGAAGAAAUGGUCAAAGAUCGUCAUUAAGGUUUCGACGAACGACGUCACCCUCUAUCUUAAUUGCCACGAGAUGGCCAGACAGAGGAUUACCAGGAUCCCCCAGGAAUUAGUAUUCGAUACCGCCAGCACUCUGUACAUCGCCCAAGCCGGACCGCACAUCCAGGAACGAUACGACGGUCUACUACAAUCUUUGAAGUUGUACGCCGGCCACCCUCCGGACCUUGUAAAAUGCACUGCUGAUUUUGACAUCAGUCGAGAUGUGGACGAAGACAAAAGCGAGGAGAGCAACCCACCACCAUUCAUCACGCCCCCGCCUCCGAAUCUAGAUUAUAAAGGUCCGAAAGGCGAGAAGGGUGACAAAGGGGAAAAGGGCGAGAGUGUCAGGGGUCCCCCGGGGCCUCCUGGCCCACCUGGUCGCGACGAGGAUUGGUUAAUGAAGAUACCACAGGGACCACCUGGUCAGAAGGGAGACCCCGGCACUUGCACCUGCAACGCCACGGCCUUAAUGUCUUCCUUUACGAUGCCAAAGAUGAUACAAGGCCCGAAGGGUGAACCAGGAGUACCCGGACAGGAAGGCAAGCAGGGCCUAAUGGGCCUCACGGGUGCGGCAGGACCGCCAGGGGAAAGAGGACUGCAGGGUCCGUCCGGGGCUAAAGGUGACAAGGGUGAUAUUGGAAUAGCGGGACCGGAAGGUCCUCAAGGUCAGAAGGGCGAGCCGGGUCGGGAUGGAAUACCCGGUGAAAAAGGUGCACAGGGUCCGCCGGGGCCACCCGGAAAAGGAGAAUUUUCUGGCUAUGACCCCAGUUGGAAACCUCGAAAUAUUUACAGACCGGAAGGUAUCACAAUGAGACCAGGACUUCCAGGACAAAAGGGUGAGCCAGGUAUUUCCGGGAGCCCCGGUCCUAAAGGCGAAUCCGGAAUUCCUGGAUCUAAAGGUAUCAAAGGUGAACCUGGGCACAAAGGUGCUAAGGGCGAUCAUGGGAAAGAUGGACCUAGAGGAAUUCAGGGUUUUAAGGGUGAACCUGGCGCGCCUGGUGCACCCGGAUUACCUGGCGCACCCGGAGAAAAUGGGCGACCGGCGGAGAAGGGCGAUAAGGGUGAUACAGGACCUGAAGGAAAAGUAGGCUCUCCAGGACCGCCUGGUCCACCUGGUAUGGGUGGUUCCGGUGGCAUAAACGUGGGAGAUUUAGGAUUUGGCACAAAAGGAGACAAAGGCGAUGGCGGAGAGCGCGGGUACAAGGGCGAUAAGGGCACGAAGGGCGAGAAGGGCGAUAAGGGUGACUCCGGGCCAGCUGGUAUUCCCGGAAUAAACGGAAUUCAAGGACCUCAAGGAGAUAAAGGCGAACCGGGUAAAGACGGAGUAUCAGGAUUACCCGGCAUACCUGGCGCUAAAGGCGAGAGAGGUGAGAGAGGUCCUCCUGGAGCCACUACCGUCGCCAAUUCCGGAGACUAUAUCACCAUCAAAGGUGAGAAAGGCGCCGAAGGAAAACGGGGCAGGAGAGGACGACCUGGACCGCCUGGUCCUGUGGGUCCUCCCGGAAAGCCAGGAACUAUGGGAGAGAUCGGUCUACCAGGAUGGAUGAACACGAUAAAGGGUCGCCCUGGGACUCCUGGAAUUCCGGGAAGUAUCGGUCCAAUGGGACCCAAGGGAGAUAAGGGGGAACCUGGCGCACCGAGUCCUUACGGUGUUUCUGUCGGUAUCAAAGGUGAUAAGGGAGACGAUGGUUUUCCUGGAAUUCCUGGGCAGUCAGGAAGAGACGGUCAAAGAGGACCUCCAGGACCUCCCGGACCUCCUGGAGCACCGUCUCAAGGAAAAUAUAUUCCAGUUCCAGGACCUCCGGGUCCUCCCGGACCUCCUGGUCCGCCUGGCUUGUCUUUAAUCGGACAGAAAGGCGAACCCGGGAUCGGUAGAAGCCACGUUUUCGGAGAAAGAGAUUACUAUCCCCCCAGACAAGGAGCCAGAAGUAGUCUGGAUGAAUUGAAAGCUCUACGUGAACUCAAGCAACUGAAAGAACUGAAAGAACAAUUAGGUGUUGUUACUGCCGCUACAAGGGGACCUUUAGAGAGUACAACGAAAAUCGUGCCAGGAGCCGUUACGUUCCAAAACACAGAAGCUAUGACAAAAAUGUCUAGCGUUAGUCCAGUCGGGACCCUGGCUUACAUCAUAGAUGAACAAGCUUUACUAGUCAGAGUUAACAAUGGGUGGCAAUAUAUUGCUCUUGGAUCACUUUUGCCUAUUACCACGCCAGCACCACCGACGACAUCACCACCGCCAGCAAACCCACCUUUCGAAGCAUCCAACUUAAUUAAUCAGAUACCCGUGAAAGCCGAUGGAACAGGGUGGUAUCCGCGAAUGUUGAGAAUGGCUGCAUUGAACGAACCGUUCACUGGAGAUAUGCAUGGUAUACGAGGAGCAGAUUACGCUUGCUAUCGACAAGCAAGGCGAGCAGGCUUGAGAGGUACCUUCCGUGCUUUCCUUAGCUCUCGAGUUCAAAAUGUUGAUAGCAUUGUCAGAUUAGGAGAUCGAGAUCUUCCCAUAGUUAACAUAAAGGGUGACGUGCUAUUUAACUCUUGGAAAGAGAUGUUUAACGGAAAUGGAGCGUACUUCUCUCAAAAUCCCAGAAUCUACAGCUUCAAUGGAAAAAACAUCCUUACUGACUUCGCGUGGCCUGAGAAAGUCGCGUGGCACGGUUCUCACAAACUUGGCGAUCGAGCGAUGGACACCUACUGCGACGCCUGGCACUCGAGUAGCUCGGAUCGUUAUGGAUUAGGCUCGCCGUUGACCGGCGGCCGAUUGUUAGAACAAGUACGAUACUCGUGCGACAAUAAAUUCGCGCUGCUCUGCAUCGAGGUGACAAGCGAGCUGGUGAGGAGACGGCGGAAUGCCGACGAUCGGCCUGACGACGAUAUCGAGAUGUCGGAGAACGACUAUAUGGAGUACUUGGAGGAGCUCAUGCAAUACUGAACACUCGCAUCUUCGACCAUCCAGUCGCAACGCGAAAAUCGAGCCGUUAUGUAAAUAGCAAAAUAUGCAGAUGCGCGCGUGCUACGUUUCUUCACGCGACAUAUAUAAUAUAUAUAUAAGUAUAAAAGAAAAAUCCCACGUUCGAAAUAAUAAUUCAUAUCGAUAUACAUAUCGUGAAGUCAUAACGUGUGCGUGCGUGCCAUCGCGAGCAGUGUCACGUCUCAUCGUCUCGCGUUCCCGAGAUCACAAUGAAACUGUCUCCGAUUCCAAAGGUAUAAUUACUUGUACUUUCGCCGCGCGAGCCACUAGCCAUCCGCUUCAGCCGCGUCUCAGUUCUCUCUUUUUCUCGAUCUUUCUUAAAGAUAAAAAGAAGACUGAUCGUCUAGAUACUCAUCAGUGUUUUGUCAUUUUGCGAUAUUCGCGCCGGGUACUCUCCCCCUUCCAUAUCAGUCUGGCUUUCGAAAGCUUUGAUCACUCGAGGCCUUUCGAGAAAGCUGCGCCGCGAUUCAACGUUCGUUAAACGUUUCCCCUCAUCACGAUAAACGUCCAAAAAUACUUAUGGAUCGCCAAACGAGCAACGCGAACUCGAACAACGCGUGCAACACUCGCUCUCAGGCCCGCGGUUUAUGGCGCACUUUGAAUGCUAAAAACGCGGCUGUCUAGUUUUAUUCCUUCUUCUCAAGUAUCGUACGCUGGACACCUACUCAGCCUACUCUUCAAUUAUUCAAAGAUCAGAAAAUGCAGGCGAACGAUUUUUGUAACUAGCUCUCGUAUCGAUAGCUUAUCAUUGUAAAAAUGAGGGAUCUGAGUACAAAACGAUAGUAAUUUCAAGAUAAAAAACUCAAGAAACAAAGAUCUGAAAAUUUUUUAUAUCCAUCUUUUAUUUUACUCUUUCAAUUUUUCCUUGUAACGUAAUCUACACUGAGAAACUUGCCUUUUUCAAGUACAUACAUAUCGUUUUAAUUGGAUUUUUUUCAAAUUAUAAUAAAUAGAUAACGUAAAGCAUAAUUUAGAUUUCAAAUACACUUUAAAAAAAUAGAAAAUCAUAACUUUGCAUAAAAUUCUUUCUAAAUCAAAAAGAUUUAGUAAAUUAGUGAAAUUCUGUUUGAAUUCAGGUCCUCAAUUAUUCCAUAAAUUCUCCUCAAUUCUAAUGAUCUAACACAAAAUGAUAGGCAUACUUAUGCAAACCUUCAAGUGGUUGAAACCUAGAUAAUUAGUUCGGCACUGCAAAUAUCGAAAUACUACAAGUGCGCUGUACGAAUGCGGGCUGUACCAUUUAGGGAAAUAAUUACCUAACACUGCCCUAAAGAAACCCAAAAUGAAGUUCAUAUCCGCGAUCAAGUUGCAUUUACAUUUUAGCUGAUACAUAUUGAGUGUGUAUGUUAGACAUAAGAGGCACAUCGAUUAAGGAGUUCAGACAACGGAGUCGCUUGGCUCAUUGUCGAAGAUUUAUGCUCCGUGUAUCUUUUGUCAUAAAGAAAUUACUACUUAUAAAUCAUACGUCGCUUUAAGAGUAGUAGAUCAAUGAUCGGCUUCUAAAUUUUUAAGGAAUGUCACUGAGAUAUUUCAUAGAAAUUCUCAAGAAUUGGAGGAAAGCAAAAAAUAAUUAACAUAUAAAUGAAAAAUUAAGAGUGUUAAAAGGGCUAAGAGGACUGAGAGGUGUUACGGUCCGCUUUUAAGCGAUCCUUAAAUACAAUACGCCCUUUGACAAAAAAACUUAGACAUGAACUACAUAGCCAGUGUCCAGGUUCUCAACUUUGUUUUGUCAGGCUCUCAUUGUCAUCUCGCUCUUAUUGCCUUUUCUCUCAUUCUUGCUGAUUCUUGUUGAGAACAUGGACAUUGGCUAUGUAGUUCAUGUUCACUUUGUCAGAGAGUGUAUCGCAUUCGAGGAUCAUCUAAAAGAGAGAGGGCUGUAACUUCCUUGCUCAAAAUAUCUGAUAGAAUCAGAUAAGAAAAAAUUCUAUUUAAUUAAAUUAUGUUUUUAGUUCGAAAAUAUUACAUUGUUUCUUUGAAAUAUAUAAUAAACUUUUCAUAUUUCUGUAUUGUAUUGUGUAUUUUUUUAAUAUUAUAUAUAUAUAUAUAAUAUUUAAAACUUAAAUACACAAUUACACGAGAAAAUACUAGAAUAUUUUAUAGCUUUUCUAUCUGGCAUGAAAUCUAGUGUCUGAUAGAAACUUAAUUAUAGAUUCAAAUAAAAUCAUAAAAUUUCUAUAUGUUUCUAUCAAUUUCUAUAGAAAAUUUUGAGCAAGGUUCUCUCUGAUUAAAAUUUGUUUCUACAUAUAUAAAAAUCUGUUUCUUUUAAUUAAUUAAGCUUUAAUGUUACCAUACAUACAGGACAACAAAAAAGCAUCCUCGAUAUACAUUUUUAAUUUCUGUACUUGAUGUUACACAACUUAUUUCAUACAUACAAUAUGAAAUCAUCAAAUCUAAACACUUAUAUGAAUAAAUAAUGUUCAUCAAUAUCCGUGAAAGGCAUGGAAUAUGUAUAAUUGUUACAUUUUUUUAUUUGCCUAUCAUUUUUUCCUCUCAACACUAAGAUUUAUGUUUCCAAUCUUUAGAUCACACCGAGCAUAAAUCGGAUCUAAGUCAAUGUCUAUAACUCAAAGAUAUAUCGUUAAUAUUAACAUAAUUUAUUACAGUUACGUAGAGAUUGAGAUACAUCAUAUGUAUAUUUAGGUUGUCAGCAAGCUUAUUGGCGAAUAUUUCCUACGUACAUACGUAAACUUUUUUAUGUAUUGUCAGUAGUAAUUUGUGACAUAUCCAAGAACAUACAAUCAAUUGUCCUUCGAUAUAGUUUGCACCGAAAAUGUUUCGUUUCCAAAUUUUAUAUUAUUUGUACACUUUAUUAUUGUAUUUCUAAAUAAAAACAUGAAAAAGAG